UCUAUAAGCUUCGGGGUGAUGAGCUUCACGGCACACUACUGCUCAUUCAAGAUGAUUUACAUUCCCUUGAGUCAUGGUGCUGCACAUGGGUGAUGAACCUCUCGGCUAUGAAAUCAAGCAUCAUGCCUUACGGCUGCUGCAUCCCCGAAGGAUCUAUCACCCUAAACAGUGAACGCGUCCCUACACAGUUGUCCACGCGAGAUCUUGACAGUAG